UCACAUCAGGAAUAAUGGUCUUGAGUAAUUUCACGCUACGAAUCUAUCACACGCUAAUUAUUCAUCAUAAUAUUCGAAAAUACUCUGUUGCACCACAAGUUGACAGCAACUCUAGAGAUUUAUUUUCGAACCCACUACAACUUCAUCCUGACGAUGUGGCUCGUACGACAUUCGGAUCUACUCCACCAGUUGGAGAAAACCCGCUACAACACCAACAGCAAGAUCCACCGAUAGUAACAUCUCCUAUAAUAACGCCUCCUACUCAAAUGCACGAGAUACCUAAUAUAAGUACUCCAGUUUCUUCCGUAUCCGGCUACAGCGGUAAAAGCAAUACAUAUACUACACAUCCAAACUACGAAGGUGACGACGAAUACGACCUCAGCGACCUCGAAGCACGUCGUGCCGAGUAUUUAUUAUCGUCACCAGAAGUCACACCGAAAAUAUCAGUUCGACCACCACUAAAUUGGUGGAAUAGUCCCGGAAGCCAGUCGUCUAGCAAUCUAAAUAAUUUUGAAAAUACUGGAUUAAUAAGAACUAGCUCAGAAAACGAUGCAGAAAUAGCAUUGAGAGACGACGAAAAUACCAAUCUCUUUACCAAUAUCUCGUCACCUAGACCUAGUCAUGAUCGAAGAUCUAGUGUUGAACAGUUAGAAGCGCUUGCUGCUGCUGAUUCUAAUAAUACCGCAUCAACAAGUCGUGUAAGAAAAUUUUCGCCUUUGAGCAUAACUUUUACAUAG